AUGCUUUCCAUUAAAAAACGGAAUCAAUUAGAACUUGACCUUUCAUUAGAAAAGUUGCCAUAUGAAAUUCAUUCUUAUUCAUCAUAUACUGCCUUUUAUUAUCCUCGUAAUAUUAUGGAAAAUAAGCCUUUGGAACAGUCUUCCAGGUGGUCAAGUAGUUGUGGUGACGAAAUGCAGUAUAUCAUAAUCAAGCUCGAAUCAAUGGCCAUUGUUCGACACGUAUGUAACCUCAAAAAGUUCAAGGUCUACGGAGGUUUAACACCGAACAAUAUGAUUGAAUUGCUUAGUAGCGGUUUACGAAAUGACGAGAUCCCAGAAACCUUUCGACUCAAACACCAGGCAAACAAUGUGAUAUUGCCAUGUCAGUAUAUCAAGAUCGUUCCACUUGUUGCAUACGCGCCUAAUUUCAAUUUUAGUAUAUGGUACAUCGAAUUGAAGGGAAUACGAGAUCAAGAAGUCGUUCAAAAAGUUUAUUAUGACUUUAUAACUUAUCGAGAAAAUGAAGCCAUACGUCUUUGCUUAAAGCAUUUUCGUCAGAGAAAUUAUUUGGAUGCCUUUAAUUCACUUCAAUCGCGAACAAAUUUGCUCCUUGAAGACCCGUUUUUAACGGAAUUGUACACUCAAUUAGUUAUGAAUGGUGAUUUUCAGGUGGUGGAAGAACGUGUGUCCAAUGCUUUAGAGAAAGGGUUAUUUGAGGAAUAUAUUCGUAGUCAUGCGUAUAAGCAUCAGUGGACUAAGAUUGAUGCAACGAAUAUUGAUGGCGAUUCACCUUGUAUGCGAGGAGGACAUCAAAUGUGUAUUGAUGUUGAGGCAGGAUGCAUAUAUUUACUUGGCGGAUGGAAUGGAGCGGACAAUUUAUCGGAUUUUUGGGUCUAUAACGUGAAUACGAAGAUUUGGACUCUAAUUAGUUCUGAUACCAAAGUACAAGGUGGACCUGGCCCAAGAUCUAAUCAUAAAAUUUGCUUGGAUCCUGACAACAAGCAAAUAUAUGUUCUUGGACGGUUUAUUGGUCGCGAUAUGCGCGCAAAUGCUAAUUAUGAUUCCGAUUUUUAUCGAUACGAUAUAAUAUGUAAUGAAUGGGAACAACUUUCAGAGAAUACAUUGUUGGAUGGUGGACCAGUGUUAAUAUAUGACCAUCAAAUGUGUAUAGAUUCAGAAAAACAAAUUCUUUAUGUAUUUGGUGGUAGAACAGUUCAUCCGGAUGCAGAGCACUUUUAUUAUAGUGGUCUAUUUAGUUAUAAUAUAGCAUCCAAGAAAUGGAAAUUAAUUAGAUCAGAUGGAAAUGAUAUAAAUGAUCGAAUUCAAUUCAAAUCACGUAUUGGGCAUUCCAUGUUAUUGGAUCCGAAUGAAAAAUUGUUAUAUAUAAUAGGAGGAGAAAGGGAUAAUAAAUUUUUAAGUGAUUUUUACAUUUACGAUAUUAAUGCGGAUUCGAUAUAUGAUUUACCUGCUGAUUAUGCAGCUCAAGAUGAUCAAGAUGAAGUCUCUAUGCAGAGGACAACUUUUGAUAUCAACACACGAGAAUUGUUUGUUCUUGCUGGUCUCAAGGAUAAAAAGGAUAAACGGGAUAAAAAAGCCACCCUAGUUAGAAAUUCGUUUUGGGUUUAUGAUUUAAAAAUGGGAAAGUGGACAAAGUUAUAUCAGAGCGAAAAUUUUGAUCCAUAUAAGACGAGUGAUGAAACAUCAGAACCACGUCCGAGAUAUGCUUAUCAAAUGGUUUAUGACAGUGAGAAUAAAGUCCAAUAUUUAUUUGGAGGAAGAACUGUCGAAACAGAAGUUUCCAAGCAACGGAGAUUGGAUGAUUUUUGGAAAUUGCAGUUAGUUAGACCGAAAUCUGGAGACUUGCUCAGAAAAAUCAAAUUCCUAAUAAGAAAACAAAAAUUUCGAGAAAUGUGUCUUGAAGGUGAUUCAAUCAAGGCACUAAAAUACCUUCAAGUUCAGCUUGCUCAAGUGGUAGAUCACACAAAUGAGAAAGAAAGUUCAGAGUUUUAUGGAUUAUCAACUAGUUUAAUCCUUGGAGAUGAAACCAAUGAUACGUUUAAUGAACGGACCAAAUUAUAUGAAAAACUAUUGGAAUUUUUUCCCGAGGAGAUGAAACAACCAAAGGGAAAUUUGAUCGAUUUAAUAAACAUCGAAUAA